CCUGCCAGAGCGGGAUCCCAGCGCAAACCAAUGGUGGAGGGAGCGGGGGACAGGCCUCCUAUAUAGCCCGGAGACUCCGCUGGGCUCCCAGUCCGCCCCGAGCCGGCUCCAGGAGCGCCCCGCCCCGCGCAGCCGGAGCUCCCGGAGGAGGGUUAUUCGGAGCCCGGCGCAGCGGGAUGGUGCCGCUCACGCCGGCCCUGCUGCUCUUCGCCGCCAGCCUGGCCCUGGCCCUGGCCCGAGAGCCCCUGAAGGAUGAUUCCCGACCGGCCAAGACCAAUGUGCUGGGGAAACACCAGAAAAAGAGGCCUGGUGGAAAGCCUCUCAGCCUGGACACAGCAGGCGCCACCGAGUGGACCUCCUGGUUCAAUGUGGACCACCCUGGCGGGGAGGGCGAUUACGAGAGCCUGGAGGCCGUCCGCUUCUACUACCGGGAGCGGGUGUGCACCCGGCCAGUCUCCAUCCAAGCCCGCACCACCGAGUGGGAGCUGCCUGAGGAUGUGGGCGAGAUUGUGCACUACAGCCCCGACAAGGGAUUCUGGUGCAUCAACCGGGAGCAGCCAGGGGGCAGAACUUGCUCCAACUACCACGUCCGCUUCCUGUGCCCCGUGGAGCACGACGACUGGUCGCACUGGUCAGCCUGGAGCGCCUGUUCCAGAACCGCCUGCGGGGGCAGCGGGCUCCAGACCCGACAGCGCAGCUGCCUCCACAGCCAGCCCCUGUCGCUGCUGCAGCUGCCCAAGUGUGCAGGGAAAGCCACGCAGCGGAGGGGGUGCAGCGGCGGGCCCUGCGCAGAUGCUGGGUGGAGCGAGUGGGGCGCCUGGAGCCCCUGCUCCAAGAGCUGCGGUAGCGGUGGGAAGCGAGUCCGGCAUCGGAGCUGCAAGAAAUCCAAGAGGUCCCGCUGCGUCGGCCGCCCCUCGGACGUGCAGAAAUGCGCCCGGACACCCUGCUCAGCCUGCCAGCUGAGCUGCGCCGAGGGCAAGGUGAGCAAGAACUGCAGCAGUUGCACGUGCCAGGACCACACCCUGGUGGGCACCGUCCUGAGCACCGAGGGGGCUGCCCUCGCCAAUGCCCGGGUCUCCCUCAAGGCCAAGCCACAGGCCGUGCUGGCCAGGACCGACCGCCGGGGCGGCUUCAGCAUCCGGGGGGUCUGUGCCGGCAGCGGGGCCAAUGUCAGCGUCCAGCUGGAGACGUUCGCCCCGGGCGAGGCUCCGAUUGUCUCCAACGGCUCCAGGACAUCGUCAGUGCAGGUCACGCUGCAGAGGCUGGAGAAGCCCUACAUGGUGAAGCACCCGGAGUCCAAGGUGCGGGUGGCAGGCCAGCGCGUGACUCUCUGCUGUGCAGCCUCCGGCACCCCCCGGCCCACGAAAUAUUACUGGUACCACAACGGGACGCUCCUGGACAGGAAACUCCACAAGUACAACAGCAGCUUGGUGCUGUGGGACCUGGGGCUGCACCAGGCCGGAUUCUAUCACUGCAAAGCCAGCACUGAUGUGGGCUCCAUCAAAUCCUCUCCCGCAUUCCUGACCGUGACUGCCCAGGGGCAGCCGAGCUGCAAGGCCGAGCCGGAGGAAUAUCUCAUCAAGCUGCCCAGCGAGUGCUUCCAGGAGGCCGGGCGCUCCCCAUACUACAAUGUGGGGCGUUGCCCCGACAUCCGCUGUGCUGGGAGCCUGAAGGAUGAGCUGCAGUGCCGGGACGGGGCAGGACGCUGCUGCAGGGUCCGGCGCAUGGAGGUGCGGGAGAUCCAGUGCGCCGGCUCCAUCCUGCCCAUCAAGGUGGUGGCCGAGUGUGGCUGUGAGAGGUGCGCCCGGCCCAAGAUCCUGGUGCACGGCAGGGUGACGGCAGCCGACGACGGGGAGCCGCUGCGCUUCAGCCAGAUCUUCCUGGGCAAAGAGAAAAUUGGCUUCACCAGCUACAAGGGCACCUUCGCCAUUGAUGUGCCCCCGGACACGCGGCGGCUCGUGGUCCGGUUCGUGGACCGGCUGCAGAAGUUUGUGGACACGGUCAAGGUCCUGCCCUUCGACCCCCGGGGCGGUGCCAUCUACCAGGACAUCAAGGUGAUGCGGAAGAAAGAGCCAGUGGACCUGGACCCCACGCAGGCCAAUACCAUCCUGCUGGGGGAGCUGGAGGGCCAGGAGCCGGUGGGGGAGAUGGUUAUACCAGCUGGCUCCUUCCUCCGGCCCGACGGGGAGGUGUACAAUGGCACCGUCAAGGCCAGCGUGACCUUCCUGGACCCCCGGGACGUCACCACGGUGGCUGCUGCCUCCAGCGACCUCAACUUCAUCAAUGCCGAGGGGGAUCUCGUCCCGCUGAGGACCUACGGCAUGUUCUCCGUGGACUUCCGGGAGAGCGAGUCCAACCAAGUGCUGCGGACGGGCCGGGUGGAGGUGCGGGUAGACGCGGAGCAGAUCCGCAUGCCCGAGCACCUCCAGAAGAUGAAGCUGUGGUCCCUGAACCCUGAGACAGGCCUGUGGGAGGAGGAAGGCGCCUUCCGCCGGGCCAAGGAGCGGCGGGGCAAGCGAGAGGAGAGGGCCUUCUUGAUCGGCAACGUGGAGAUCCGGGAGAGGCGGCUCUUCAACCUGGACGUGCCCGAGAGCCGCCGCUGCUUCGUCAAGGUCCGGGCCUAUGUCAACGAGAAGUUCAUCCCCAGCGAGCAGCUGGAGGGAGUGGUCGUCACCCUCAUCAACCUGGAGCCCGAGCCCGGCUACUCCUCCAACCCCCGAGCCUGGGGGCGCUUCGACAGCGUCCUCACCGGGCCCAACGGGGCCUGCUUGCCUGCCUUCUGCGAUGGCCAGCGGGCCGACGCCUACACGGCCUACGUCACCGCCACCAUGGGCGGGGAGGAGCUGGAGGCUGUGCCCUCCAGCCCCAAGCUCAACCCCAACGCCGUGGGAGUGUCCCAGCCCUACCUAAACAAGCUGGGCUACCGCCGGACGGACCACGACGACCCCAGCCUCAAGAAGACAGCCUUCAAGAUCAACCUGGCCAAGCCCAACCCCAACAACAUAGAUGAGGUCAACGGGCCCAUCUACGCCUACCGGAGCCUGAGGGAGUGUGAGGAGGCACCUGUAGCCGACAACCACUUCCGCUUCUACCGGGUGGAGGUGGACAAGUACGAGUACAACGUCGUGCCCUUCAAGGAGAGCGACCUGGCCUCCUGGACCGGGGACUACCUGUCCUGGUGGCCCAACCCCCAGGAGUUCAGGGCCUGCUACAUCAAGGUGAAAAUCAGUGGGCCCCAGGAAUACAUGGUGAGGUCCCGGAGCGUGGGCGGCAGCCACCCCCGGACACGUGGCCGGCUGUACGGCCUACGGGACACCCGCAGCGUCCGGGACCUGGAGAUCUACAACAGCUCUGCUGCCUGCGUGGAGUUCAAAUGCAGCGGGAUGCUCUUCGACCAGAGCCUGAUUGACCGCACCUUGGUCUCCAUCGUCCCUCAGGGCAGCUGCCGCCGCACCGCCAUCAACAGCCUCCUGCGGGAGUACCUGGGCCGCCACCCGCCGGUGGUGGAGAACAACGACACCACGGUCUUCAACAUGCUGGCGCCGGUGGACCCGCUGGGCCACAACUAUGGCAUCUACACGGUCACCGACCAGAACCCGCGGCUGGCCAAGGAGAUCGCCAUCGGCCGGUGCUUUGACGGCACGUCGGACGGCUUCUCCCGGGAGAUGAAGUCUGACAUGGGCACGGCCAUGACCUUCUACUGCCAGGAGAAGCCCGUCACCCAUCAGAGCUUCUUCCAGCGCCUGCUCAGCUCUCCCACAGACACCCUGACCGAGAUCCGCCGCGAGAUGAGAGGCAACGAGCAAUUGCGGGCUCCCUCCCAGGUGGUGGCCUACCCCGCUGGCCUCAGGACCGGGGUCUCCACCCAGACCCGACGGACCCCCAGCAGCCGGAGAAGGAUGGGCCUGAUCCGGGCUCAGCAAUGAGCAGCGCCAGUGCUGCUGCCCCCCAACUCACACAUGCCCCCCACGUCCCCACUCUGGUUUAAAGGCCCUUUCACAACAUGCCCUGGGGUCCCAACGCAGAGCACCACCUGGCCCCCCAUCCGAAAGCGUCCCCGCUCCCUCCCCACCCAAGUCACUGUCCCCCAUGGCUUCUCCCUAAACUCUGCUAGUGCCAGCGGGGGACGCCACCCCACAGACUUUCCUCACAUGAAGUGUCGGCGGGGGGCGGGGGGACCCUUGUUCCCGAUCACUAGAAAAAUCAGCUGAGAUGGGGGAAGCACAUCGUGGCUGGGAGCGGAGCCCAGAGCGGGACAGUCAGCAUCGGUUGCUGGUCUCUCCAAACCGACUCCUCCCUGCUACGUUCUCUCUGUCCUGCUGGUAACAUCCCAUGCCUGGGGCUCUCAAUGGCCCUGCGCUAGCGCGGGCCGGGGAGGCCUGGUGCCCGGUGUUAUCCAGCCGCCUGAGCUUCCCAGCAUUCAUGCAGUUAGCUCAGCCCCACACAUCUGCUCCCAAACCCUGGUUUGCCCCCUGCCCCACCAUAGGCGUAGCUUGAUGUCUGUGUUUGGGGGGCAGCGCCAGUCUGGCCAGUGGGGCUGUGCAUGGAGGGGCAAAUGCUGCACCUGCCCUCAGGCUUCCAGUUUGGGGGGGGCAAUGCCCCCCAUUCACUCCCCCCAAACUAUGCCCAUGCUCCCCACCGCUUGCACCAUGCACCUGCCGGGUCCAGCAGGGAGACAGAGGGUGGUUUCUGUUACUUACUUUGAGCCAGCCAUCAUAUGCUGCAGAGGACGCUCUCAGAGCAAGGAGCACAGACCCUCGCCUGGAGAGAACCAGCCUCUGAGGUUAUUUUUUAAACAGGAAAUUUCAGUGGAAACAGGUGAAUUUGACAGGAAUAGCAGCCCGCAUCUGUGCUGCCAAGCCCCCACCUCCCUGCUCCCUGCAGAAAGAGCAGCCUCUGAAACUGAUUGGAAACAAACAUGAAACUGACCAGCAGCCCCUGUUUUCAGGUUGGGAAAGUGAACAAUACAGAGAAGCAAAUUAGAUAUUUUUACAUGCUUCCUGUGUUAAUAUUAACGAUCUAAAGGGUGAUGAGUGCCGCAGAUAAGGAAAUCCAUAGCCACUGGGCCGGACAGCCUUCUCUUCAAGCAGGAAAUGCUUCCAUUUGGGUCAGUGCAGAGCAGGCCAGAAAUGAAACCCGAUCGGAUGUGCUAAAGGGAAAGAAAAAAACCAGGAAUUUGGCAUCCAUUUCAUAGUGUCCCCCCAUCCUCCCUGCCAGAGUACGGAAAGCAGUAGAAUUAUAAAGCAAAGCAAACGGAGUCUCCCCUAGAAUAGACCACAGUACCCCUCGAUACGGGCUUCUCUACAGCAUCACUGGCGGUUGGCACCAGGCCAUUUUUUCAAGCAAUCUUUUCUUUGGUGGGGGGGGCCACAAAUUAAAACCAAAAUUAUUUUCUUUCCUAAUUUCCUAUGGGUUGGAUGGGUAAAAUACGUCCUCCCAGCAUUUGAUAAUAACGUUCCUCCCCUCUGGAAAAGAGGGGAAAUUAAGAAAAAGUGUGUAGGGAAAAAAAUCCCACUUGGCAAACAGACCCUGAGCAGGUGUCCACACCAGAACUGGAUACAGCACAUGCCACCCGUGGACUCGCUGCCCCAGACAACCUUAAUGCGCAGUGAUUUGCAAAUCUCCGGCCUUGUGUCCAUAGCACCCUGCUCAACCAGGGACCAUGCCACACCAGAGCCAGCAGCUCUGCUUGGCUGGCUCCAGGCCAGUGUUGGUCCAGGGAACAGUUCAGUGCAAUUGGCCUGAAUUAAUGCAAGGGCCUGUCCACCAGCCUGGCUGCUCCUGGUGUGUCGAGACACAGGGGCAGGGUUCUGCUAGGGAUAACGGUCUGUGUAGGACGGUCUGGUUUGCCAAGGCAUGUCGAUAAAUUGUGUAGAUUUGUACAUUAUUUAUUAUAAAAUAUAUGGCUGUGUUUUCAUCA